UGUGAGACUUGCGCGUUGCGUUGCUUGGCUCCCGCGCUAUGGAGGAGUUUCCAUGUCCUCGAGGGCCUCCAAAGGUCUUUUGGCCGCGGCUGCCGGACGGAUAUGUACCUCCGACCGCGGAGGAGAUUCAACGCAAAAAGGAUGAGCGCCUCAACAAGGACCUCGCGGAAAUAACCAGGAUCCUGGCUGAGGCCAUUGAGGAGGUUCAGCAGAAGAAGGCCGAAAAGCAGGAGGAAAAGCAACCGUUCAAGUUCCGACCGUCGGUCGCUUCGUGGCUGCAUCUGAGACCCCAUCAGGUUGCAGUACCUCUCCAGCGCGUUGAAGUUGAAGCGGAGGACGAGAAGGCCGCGCCAACCCUCUUGCAAGCGGACCCCCCCAAUUCUUUGCUGAAGAAAGCGGCGGCCGUGGAGAAAACCAAUCCGGCCGGCCCUUCGCCCUUGGAAAAGGAAUAUGUUCUGGGGCAGCAUGCAAAUCCAAAGGAGAAGGAAGCAUCAUCCUGGUUGUCCUGGCUGCCGAUCUGCACCUGCUGGACGAGGGAAAAGUCAUUUGAAUUCUCUAUGGACAACGAGUCCUGAGUCCAGCCGGCCACGUUUCACCGCCACUGUCCUGUCCAGUUUGGAUGGCAGGAUGGCAUGCGGUCGCAGCAUGUCCAGCUUUUUGAUGC